AUGGCCGUUGCAGCAUGCGAGAGGUCGUGCGGUGCUUCGCUCCUUCCAUCGAAGCGCUUCAUUACAAAUAUCCGAUCAGCACCUCUGGCAAGACCUCGGCCUGCCUCCUGUCAGCCUCGCAGCACGAACAUCGGAAACAUAUCCGGUCUCCGUCAAAUCAGCCACAACAGCAAGAGCAGUAGCAGCAGCGGCACUGGCAGCGCCACCGCCUCUCCCAGCCUUCGGAAGCUCUCCCUCCCCCUCGCUCUCCUGCUCCUCGGCAGCUUUGCCUGUUUCUCUCCCACACUACACAGCGAAGCUGGUCAGAGAGCUGAGCCGCCAAACAAGGUAACUCCUGUGGCCUCUGGAGAUCCGGACGGGAAGCUGAUCAGUAUGGAGGAGGUGGAAAAGCACAAUAGUGUUGAGAAUGGGCUGUGGGUCGUCAUCCAGGGAGAGGUAUAUGAUCUGACAGACUUUGUGGACAGCCACCCUGGAGGGAACAACAUCUUGCUCAAGAAUGCCGGCAAGGAUGUGACAGAUAUCUACAUGCCCAUACACCCGUCCAAUGCCAUCGAGGACAAUCUUGAGCCAGAGCAGCACCUCGGCAUGGUGGAUCCCAAGACGGUCACCAUCACCCAAAAGGAAGAGUCAGAGGCAGACAAGAGGAGGCGGAUAGCACUGGAGAACCUGCCGCCUGUGGGAGCCAUGCUGAACUUGGACGACUUUGAGAGAUGCUCAAAGGAAAUUUUGACUGAUCAAGCUUGGGCUUAUUACUCCUCUGCUGGAGACGAUGAAAUAAGCCGGCUGCUAAGACUUUCGCCCUUGCUACUGCGGACAGCCGUCAAUGAGAAUCGCAACGCCUACGGUCGAGUCUGGUUCAAGCCACGGAUCCUUCGUAAGGUCGGUGUCGUAGACACCGCGUCCAAGCUCGUGGGAGGUGUCGUUGAUUCUGCCCUCCCGAUCUACAUCUCGCCAGCAGCCAUGGCCAAGCUUGGCCAUCCAGAAGGGGAACUCAACUUGACUCGGGCCGCCGGGGCGCACAAGAUCAUUCAGGGCGUGUCCGCCAACGCUUCUGUCUCUCUCGACGAGAUCCUUGCUGCAAGAGAAGAAGGUCAGCCUAUCAUUUACCAGCUAUAUGUCAACAAGGACCGCUCCGCCUCUGAGAGGAUCUUGCAGAAGAUCCAGGAGAAGGGAUGUCAAGCCGUGAUGCUCACUGUGGAUGCUCCUGUGAUGGGCAAGCGAGAGCGAGAUAUGCGCGCAAAGGGCGAAGUGGUCUCGACCGGCGGCGGCUCGGGAGGUGAUACCCAUGGCGGUGGUGUUGCCCAGGCCAUCAGUGGGUACAUCGACCCUAACCUGGCAUGGGAAGACGUCAAGUGGUUCAAGAAGCACUGCAAACUGCCACUCUUCCUCAAGGGUAUUCAGACUGUAGACGAUGUGGUGCUUGCGGCUCAACAUGGCGUGCAAGGGGUCAUCUUGAGCAAUCACGGAGGAAGAAGUCUCGACUACUCACGCCCACCUUUGGACGUGCUCAUCGAUCUGAGGCAGCAACGUCCCGACCUUUUUGAGCACCUCGAAGUCUGGGUUGACGGUGGAGUCCGCCGAGGCACAGACGUAGUCAAAGCCCUCGCCCUAGGCGCCAGUGCCGUCGGUCUGGGUCGCCCUUUCCUGUAUGCGCAAUCUGGCUUUGGUCAACCGGGUGCAGAGAGAGCCAUUGAGAUUAUGCGCGACGAGGUGGAGAGAUGUAUGCGCUUGCUGGGCGUGACUUCACUCAAGGAACUCACGCCGGAGAUGGUAGAGGUGCUACCGAGAGUGUUUGCUAGCACAUUGCCGCCGCUGACUGCGAGGGACAGCGUGCCUGACGUGAGAUGA